AGGCUCGGUGCCCAAACACAGGACGAGUGUGUGCAGAACGGUUUCAUCGCUGUACGUGAAUCUCGGACAGGACCAUGUCUGUAGAGAUUAUUUCGAACUACCUCUUAUGAGCACUAUCAGACGAAGGAAUUCUGGAAAUUAUCCGUGGCUUUCAGCUUAAAAGUCCUCCGGAACUGUGGGACGAUUUCCUCUCCCACCUACAACUCUAUUAGGUCCAGUGUGUCCUCUGUCUUUUCGAACUAAAAUAGGGGUCCCACUCUGUUGCACACAUUCAGGCCAGGCUUUGGUUUAAGGAUAUCUCCCGCCCCUGCUACCUACCAGUCUCAGAAGCUGUGAAACAAGUCAUAGCUAUAGCUUGCCCUGUUGAAUAGAUAAAUGAAAACAAUAAUACGUUAUGCUCGAUAUAUCUGAGAAAAAAAUAAAAAGACUAAACGAUCGUGGCUGGAACAUCUUUUAUGGUAGAACUGAUGAAUUAAAAUCGACUGGAGGCGACACAACAACGACAAAAAUUGCAAGUGCUACCCCAUGUCGUUUGUGGAUGUUGUUUCGAUUCUCAGCUGACCUCAUAUCUUUUUUGUCGAAGGGCGCUUUUCGAUGGUCUUUCAGCUAUGAUAUACACAUACAUGUUGUAUCACUCAGUUUUUUUUUUCUUCAAAAUAAAUAGAUAAUAUUCAUUAAAACAGCAACGAAUAACCUUUGUUAUUUAACCCGCAUGUGAUGCUAUACACGGUCACCUGUUAUAAAUAGAAGCAAAAUUUCAAAUUAUUCUAGUCUUUUUUUUUUAAUACAGAUAAAUACUAUAUUUGAAAAAAAUUACUAUUACAUCCGUUUUGUGAAACGGGUGUAAUAGUUAGUACUAUCAAAAAGGGCGCGGAAUCGGGGUGGGGGAAGAUAUAAAAUGAUAAAUUCUUGGGACAAAAAAUUCUUUCAGAGAAGGAAACAACCACCCAAUACUCCGUCCUUUUCGUUCUCCAUGAAAUAAUCAAAACGAUUCCGAAAGUCCUCCAACCAAAGAUUUACACCCGUUUCGCGAGACUGGUGCAAUAGUAAAAAAAAAAAAUUCCGAAGAAUAAAAUGAAAAAAAAUAAACGGUGAGAUGGUCACAGUUAGAAUGAUUUCUCAUUCUAGGCCUGCUCGAUCAGAAUUGACCUGGGGUUAAACAACAAACCAUUAUCAAUACUAUUACAACUCUUUUCAGAAUUGCAGAAACCUUCGUGUCUUUGAGAACUAGAAACCAUACUACAUUAAAAACUGCCGCUAAUUAUACAAACUGUAUGAGAAUCUUGAUAACUGUUUAUAUUAUUUAAAUAUUUCCGGCAUCCACCUAGCUAGUUCCUCCCAUUCUUUGAGAAUAGCAAUUCACUAAUUGAGUCGACUCUAGUAAUUCUUUAUUUCCUCCUCUUCCUCCUCCUCCUCCUCCUCUUCCCUUCUCGAUUUCCUUUUUUCUCACUCCCUCUCUCUCACUUUCGCUCUAUCGCACACAUUUUCACUCACUUUCUUUCUUUCUCUCUCUCUCUCACUCCAAGACAAUAACACAUUUUACGUUAAAUGGAAACCGCGGCCGGAAACCCUGCAAGCCAGGCCAACAGAAGCAUCAACACCAACAUCAACACCAGUAGCAGAAACAGAAAGAAAAGCAGAAAGAAACGAAGACUGACGCAAAAGUCAUUACAUAUUAUCCUACACUCACCCGUUUGUUAUUGUUAGUAGUAGAAGAAGAAAGAAAGAAAGAAAGCACGAAAGAAAGAAAGAAAGAAAAACGGAAAAAGACGGAGUUAGAAUGAAGAAUUGUUUUACAAGACGGAUUUAUAUUCUACAAAAGAUGCGAAAAAAUUAUGACGAGGAUGUUAUAUUCUUCAGCUGGUGAACAACAGCAGUUCUGGCCAUUGUUAUUGUCGUUUGCCAACCAUCAUGUCGCUGCCAAUACAUGUGUGUAUAUAUUUAUACUUUUAUAUAUAAAUCUAUUUAUAUGUACAUGCAUAUAAUAAUACACACACACAUAGAUAUAUAUAAAUCUAUAUAAAAUAACUCGGUGUUUCUCAAUAUGCAACUUCUAAGAUUCACUUAACUUUGGCUUUUUGCAAAAGGAACCUGAAACAGCAUGGCUAGGGAGUGAACUCACUUCUUCACCACCACAGCUGCACUUGUGCCAACAUUCAGAAUAAUAUUUUCCAAUGGCAAGCUAUGCUGAUAUUGUUCUUGUACCAUGAGUUGCAAAACCACGGCAACCAAUAUAUUCGUAUUGAUGACCAAUCAGUUUUACAUUAAUCAAUACAAGAAACUGACUCUCAUCAUUUUUACCAUUUGUGCUGUUGGUUUAAUCGUUUUUACGUGUGCUCAGACAUUCUUUGCCAACAAUUACUUAUUCAACUUUGGAACAGAUAUCAAAACUUUGCCCAAAUUUGAAGAAAUUAAGCAUGAAGACUACAGCAUUCGUCCCAAGAUCCGCCACAGAUUUCAUCGUUACCCCCACACGAGCAGGUAUCUCCCUCAGUGUAUUAUUAUCGGAGUUCGCAAAGGAGGUACGGGGGCUCUCAUUCAUUUUCUGGACAUUCAUCCCAACAUUGCUAUUGCUUCAACCGAAGUUCAUUUCUUUGAUAACAAUUACAAGCGUGGCCUUAAUUGGUACAGGAAACGCAUGCCGUAUUCUUUCCCAAAUCAGAUAACCAUCGAGAAAACCCCUGCUUAUUUUGUAAAAAAACAUGUCCCAGAAUCUGUGAAAAAAAUGAACCAAUCCAUUAAACUGCUUUUAAUUGUACGUGAGCCUGUUGAAAGAACCAUUUCUGAUUACACCCAAAUUUGGGGUAAAUUGGUCAGAAAUUCUUCAUAUCCAGCAUUUGAAGAACUUGCAAUUGACCCAGUCACAAAAAUGGUAAACCCAUCGUUUGCUGCCACAGAACGUUCUCUGUAUGACAAACAUAUGGCCAACUGGCUGAAAUACUUUAAUCUUUCACAAAUCCAUAUUGUCGAUGGAGAUAAUUUUCGGCAUAAUCCAUUUAAGGAAAUUGUUGAAAUUGAAAAAUUCCUCCAUUUAGAGCACAAAAUAUCAGAAAAGGACUAUUAUUUUGACCCUGAUAAGAAAUUUUACUGCAUAAGGGGAUUCAUUAAUCGAUGUUUACCAGACUCUAAAGGACGGCAACAUGUUAAAGUGCAGGAGUACGUGAAAACAAAACUACGGAAUUUUUUCCGGCCGCAUAAUGAAAUGUUUUUUAAGAUGAUUUCUAGAAGGUUUGAAAACUGGUAAAAUUACACCAUCUUUUAUACACACACAGACAUAUAUAUAUAUAUUACUAUACAGUAGAUAUCAUCCUGGUUAUUCGCAACAGCUUUCACAUUGAGUUUAUCUUGUAUCCUAUAUUCUUAUCCUCAUAAUGCUUCACUGAUGCAUCUCUUUUAUGCAUUUCUUUUCAUAUAUACACAUACAUAUGUUAUAUUCAAUCAUCCUUGCCAUAAGUUAUUUAUUAUAUACAGCCUCCUCUAAAUGUUUUAUAUAAAUUGUUUGUUCGUUAUGCAGGCAGCUAAUGUUACUAAUCAACAAUAUGGCCGCUUCCACUAAGCCCUUGUGCUGACAGAUGUAUGAUGUAGUUGCAUGUUUCUAAAGUUCUCAGGUUUUAUAUCAGAUUCAGCUUUUUAUAUUGCAUCCACUGAAAUCAAAUCUAUUUUCAUCUUAAUCAUUAAAUAUUUUUUUAUAACAUAUCAGACAGCACUGUAAAUAUUCUUCGCUUUCUAAACAUCAUGGUAACAUUUUGUCCUUGUUAUUGCAUCUAAAUUCAAAAUAACAUGAUAUUCUAUAGCCUCCAGAACUCUGUGAAUCUAAUUUGCUGUUAUUAAUUCUGAUAUUAGUAGGGCAGUCAUUAUUAAACAAGGGUAAUGAAACAUAAUGUUUUGAACAUUAUACUAAAUAACGAAAGUUAGACAUACAAUACCUUUAAACGAUAUGUUUGAAAUAAAUACGACAUAAAAAUGUAAAGAUGCAUUUAAAAGUAAUGGUUGACCCUAAAACUAAAAUUAUGAAUGAAGCAGCUUUUCUAAAAUGGCUAAAUGGUGCUAUCUUACAGCUCAAAAUCAUGUUACUGCUAUAGUAUGGUACCCCAUGCUUUGCCAAGUUGUAUUCUUGUAGAAUUUCUUGUGUGGUAAAAGCUACAGGGAACGCAACCCAAAAUCCAAUGUUGCAAUCUAGAAAUCUAGCAAUGUAGCCUCUAUAUGUUCAUCAGGCCUAUGAGAAGUCAUAAUCAAUCUUACACAAAUCACAUACUAUUGUCUUGAAAAAGGAAGGAUUCAUUGGAUAAAGUACUCCAAAAUACACUGUCUGGAAAGAUCUUGAUGUGAUGGCUGGAAUAAGCUUUGAUCAUUAGGCUUACAAGAUCAGGCCUGAUCUGGGAUUAAAUUAUAACAGUUAAAAGUGAGUAGUAACAGCUUGGCUGGAUUAUUUAUAUUUGUAGAUUGUCAAAAUGUCAAGAUCAUUUAUAGUCGUAAUUAUGUCAUGUUUAUUGUGUUCAAAUAUUAAGUGAAACAAUUAUCUUCAAUUAUCUUCAGGUUACUUACUAUGCAAGUACAUCUCCGUAAUUAUCUUCAAUGUUUAUUUAUAACACUAAACAUUUCAGGUGUAUGGUACAUACCAUGAAAUGUAGACACAUAGAUAAUGUAUAUAUUUCGAUGUGUGUGGUAAACUCCAAAAUAUACAUAUAUGCAUGCAUACACAUACAAUUGAUGUAUGUGUACACAGGCAGUAACAGUAAAUCUGUCAGAUUAUACUGAAGCUCUAAGACCCUGGUUGAUUUCUAAGAAAUUUUUAUGAUGAAUUAACGGUUAGGAUUUUAAUGCGAACAUCGAAUCAAGAUGAGAUGUCUCACUAUGUUGAGGAUAUGUAAAGUAUCUUAUCAUGCUAAAGACAAAUGACAAAAUGACUGAAUUAUUUUGCAGAGAUAAAUUAAUCCUGUUGAAAUAAUUGGUCUUAAUUACAAAUAAUAUAAUGUCAGAUUCUUUGUAACACAGUCACCUACAAAGUGAUAGAUUUGUGGUUCAAAACCUGUCAAGGGACCUGCAUCUCUUUUCUCUCUUCUAUGAGUGAUUAUAAUGACUAAUAUCUUCUGCAGUGUUCAGGGAUGAGUAACCCUUUUGUUACCUUAUUUCUGUAGGGUAACAAAAUAACACUGACUUUGUAUUAAUUGAUUUUCAAAAAAUGAGGGAUUUAGUAAAACAACUUUUGUCAUUCUUAAUCUGGUAUUUGGAACAUAAAUUAAUAUGGAAUUUCGAUGAAUGGUUUUAAUUUAGAUCACUUCAGUACAAGAAAUUUGUAUUUUAAAACUAGGGGCUGUCUCAGGUGUGUUGGUAUCAAAAGGUCAAUCUGAUGUUUGGAACGUAAAUUAACCUGGAAUUCUGAUGGAAGGUUUUAUUUUUAGAUCAUUUUAAAAGCAGGAAGUUUGUAUGGUAAAACCAGAGGCAUUCUUGGGUGGGGUUAGUAGCAAAAGAGUUAAAAAGUUGAAAUCUAUUGCUAAGGAGUGACAAAAUUAUGAUUGAAUAUAAUUUGUGUCCUAAUGAAUUAAUAACGAAGCUAAUUAUUCCAUUCCAGAUAAUAUGAAAUAAUUAACAGAUUAUUUUUGAUUAUGAGAUUACUGUUUGCUUAUUACAUUACUGAAGCAUUUUUUUUUUGUUGUUUUUAUUGUAGUUGUUGCUUAGUCAGCACUCAAUCUUCUCUCUGAAAAGGCCUGGUCUCCUAUUCCUAUUAUUAUGUGUAUUACAGCCACUCUUCUAUUGGGUUGUUCGGAAAGUUCAUGCCGAUUUUUAAAGGAAAGAAAAAGGUCAAUAAAUACUUGCCAUUACAUUUUUAAUCAACCAAAUAUGAACCAUUUUGUUGCACAAUACAUCUCCAUCUUUCCUUUAACUUGAAAAUACCUUCUUCCUAUAGACUCAGUCACACUCACACACACAUGCACACACAUUAUAUAUAUAGAAAAUAAUGUAAUAUUGUAAUACAGGGUUGGCCAAAAGUCACCCAACAGUAAAUCAAAUUCCCAAUAGUAAAUCAACAGUACUUAAUAUUCAGUUUUAUUUAUUCGUUUGGAAAAAUGGUGUCGCUUAAGAACAGUUUGAACAGAAUUCCCAGAAUUGAGGUGGUUUCAUGGCAAAUAAGUCGAAAGGUAAGCUACUAUAAAUUGGCACAAACUUUCCGGACAACCCAAUAUUAUGCAAGUAACUAUGUAGUUCCUCUAUAGCACUGUCUUGGCCCCAUUUUUUUUCAUACCUCAACCUCCUGUCUCCUAGCAUAAAGCUGCAUCUCUCACUACUGUUGCCCAACUCUGUCAAUCUUUGUCUUGUGGGCUUCAUGGUGACCUCACUAGUGCUGGUGCCAUGAAAAAUGCACCACCCAGUAUACUAUGUAAAGUUGUUGGCAUUAUGAAGAGCAUCCGGCCAUAGAAAUCUUGCCAAAACAGGGUUCAUCAGAUCCUGUCAAAUCAUCCGACCCAUGUCAGCAUGGAAGACUGAAAUUAAAAGUUGAUGAUGAUGAUGAUUGCACACCUGACUAUUCUGCCUUUUUCUCAUCCUAAGUGUAUCAAGGACAUUAGUCAACAUGUUCUGCUUUUCUUCAGAUACUAGAUUGGGAUUUGAGAGAGAUGUCUGCUAUUUCUUACAGUUUAAAGAACUAUGAAGAAGCCAAACUAUGAUCAAAGGCAUUCCAGUCCUGACCACUCCAUCUAUUUAUCUAUCAAUCUGUGUAUAUAUAUAUAUAUAUAUAUAUAUAUAUAUAUAUAUAUAUAUAUAUAUAUAUAUAUAUAUAUAUAUAAAUAUAUAUAAUAAAUGAAAGACAGAAGAUGGAAUAUAUGAGAAUUUAUUGUUAAUCAUGACAAUUGUUUUGACACAUCUAGCAUCGAUUCCUCUUGGGUGGGACAUUAACAACUGGUUCAGGAGCAUCCAGUGGUGCAGAUGUAUCUCAUUGGGUGACAAAUAACUACAACUCAUUAAAAUAACUGUUCCGCAAUGUAAUUUUCCAUUUUGCAGAAAGAAAAGCAGUCAGACGGAGGAAAUAGCUUCAUUUAUAGAGAAGAUCAAAAAUAAAAUCUCAGAGGGCAAAAACAGAAAUGAACAUGCAAUCCAACGAAAAGAGUAUUAAACAUUAUAAGGGUGUUGAAUAAUUACAACACCAGUCUGCUAGAAAUAGACCCCAAAUGGUCUAUGAACCACUUAGAUUAUUACUCCACUACACAAGGUCAUAAGCGAGGAUUUAUAAAAUAAUUUGGAUAGUACCACAUCUAUUGAUUUCAUGGUUUGAAUUAUCAAAACCCCUUUCCAGUCAUCAGUGGCAACAUACCGAAUGUAUGUCUAUUUCUAGCAGACUGGUAUUGUAAUCAUUCAACACCCUUAUUAUAAUUUUAAUAUAGAUUAACCAUUAUGGUAUUUUAGUAUGCUGACCACUGAUAAAUCAUUAAAUAAUGACUUUAUCCUAAUUAUAUAUAUAUAUAUAUAUAUAUAUAUAUAUAUAUAUAUAUAUAUAUGUGCAGGGACUAUAAGCGAAAAGGCUCAGCAGAUAUAUUAUUCCUGUCCAAGUCCCAAAGACCCAGAGAUCCAAAAAGGAACCACAUGCAUUUUUUUUUUUUGAAGGAGGAGGAGUAAGAGGUCCCCUACCCACUUCCCAAGUGAGGCUUGUAAACAACCUCAUUCCACAUUACAAAAUUUCUCUCACAGGCUCUGCACACACACACAAACUACGCAUAUAUAUACAUGUACAUACACACACACAUUUGAACAUAUGCAGUGUUUGUCCUUCCUGUUUUUAAAUGCAGCAAAGAAGGAUGUGAUGGAAUUUUGGCUGCUUUGCAGACCAUAUAAAGGCUUUGAGAUAGAGCUGGGUAUAUACACAUACAGUUUAUAUUUUCACCAAUGACUCAGAAUACAUUGGCUAUGAUAAAAACCGCACACAUACAUUGAACUAAUAGCUUCUAGAUAUGCCCACCACACCCAAAACCCUACCAAAACGUUCUGUAUUCCCUCCACUAUUAAAGCAUUGUUUUGUUUUUGUUUUCUUCAUUUUUUUUUCUUUGUUUGUCACAGCUGAGAGGCAAAAAUGAAAGCCUUGUAAAUAUUGUGUUUUUUUUUUCAUAAUGAACCCUGCAGAUGUUAUUCAAAUGGUGUUUUAGAAUUUCAGAAAUUUUUUUUCUAUUAAUAUUUAUCAAGAUCCAUUCUUGAAUUGAUUGGUUGUUUUUCAUUCAACCAACUUCCGUCCCUUGUGAUUGACUCCAAUUUGUAUUGAUCCUGUUUUAAGAAUGUUUUGCUGGUGUUCCCCAAUCAGCUUGUUACAAAUUGGUUUUUGGCAUUUUGUUGAUGACUGUCUAACAUUCCGGAAUAUUACCUUCUGGAAUUGUAUUUUUCCUAUAGACUCACUCACACUCACACACACACACACACACACACACACACAUUAUAUAUAUACAAAAGAAUAAUGUAAUAUACGUAAUAUUGUAAUACAGGUUUGGCCAAAAGUCACCCAACAGUAAAUCAAAAUUCCAUAAGUACUUAAUAUUCAGUUUUAUUUAUUCGUUUGGAAAAAUGGUGUCGUUUAAGGACUUCAGUUUGAACAAUUUCCUUGAUGUUUCAUAUUUAGAUGCUUUUAUUAAAUCCAUUCAGUUGUUAAACAUAAAUAAACCUUGGAAUUAAAUGGUUUUGAUUUACUGUCAGGUGACUUUUGGCCAGCCCUGUAUAUGUAAAUGAUGAGGUGGCAAGCAGCCAGAUUUGUUACUACACCAGGCAAAAAUGCUUAGCAGCAUUUCAUCCAUCUUUACAUUUCAAGUUCAAAGGUUGACUUAGCCUUUCAUCUUUUGGAGAUUGAUAAAAUAAGUGCUACUUGAAUACUGGAGUCGAUGUAAUCAACUCCAAGAUUGCUAGCUUUGUACCAAAGCUUGGAACCAGUACAUGCAACUGAUAUACUUUUUAAAAAGACCUUUAAGCAAUGCAAGUGAGAAAAUUUGGGUAAAAUAUGUAAAGUGAUGCCAAUAGCAUCAAGGCAAGAUAUUGUAUCACCUUAUAGAGGCUAUCUAAUGCUUCUAUGAUAUUUCAGAAAAGCUUCCCCUUAUCAAAUAUAUGAUAGAAAAUAAUGCAAGAGUUCAGAGAAAAAUUAUCAUUAUUGGCAGGCCGUUCUGGUGUAUUUGAUAAGGGGAAAAUUUCCUGAAAUAUAAGAGAAAUCUUAUAAACAACCUAUGCAAGGUGAUACAAUACUUUCUUGUCUUUAUUUGUUGGCAUCACCUGGCAUAGUUUGCCUAACACCUCACCUGCAUUGCUUAAAAGAUCUUUUUGAAAAAUAUCUAUAUUAGAUGUGUGUGUGUGUGUGUAUACAUAUAUACAUACAUACUAUAUAUAUAUAUAGUAUGUAUGUACGUGCAUGCAUAUAUAUAUAUAUAUAUAUAUAUAUAUAUAUAUAUAUAUAUAUAUAUAUAUAUAUUCAUGCAUACAUAUAUAUAUGCAUAUACACAAACAUACAUAAAUAUAUAUAUUAUAUAUGCAUAUAUAAUAUACACACACACACACACACAUAUAUAUAUAUACAUACAUAUAAUAUACACAUAAAUUCUUAUGAUAUACACACACAUAUAUACAUACAUAUAAUACACACACACACACACAUAAAACACUUACAUACAUCCCCACUAACCUAUGCUACUAUACUUCCAGGCACAGAGACACACCUAUACCAACACAUACACACCUGCUCUCUCUCCUCCUAGAACUUCAUUCCCACCUGGUUCCAAACCACUUUUCUGUUUAUAUAUGUUUUCUCUCUUACCAGCUGUUUCUCUUCAUCACUCACUCUAUGCUUUUGGUUUUCUCCUGAUGAAGGACUAAUGCCUGAAACAUUGACUCUUUCACUUCCCAUUAAAACAUUAAGCUAAUACCUUA